GAAUCAGUGACCUUCAAGGAUGUAGCUGUAGACUUCACCCAGGAAGAGUGGGCCCUACUGGACACAUCCCAGAGGAAACUAUUCAGAGAUGUGAUGCUAGAGAACAUCAGUCAUCUGGUCUCAGUUGGCAAUCAGCUCUACAAAUCAGAUGUGAUUUCCCAUUUGGAGCAAGGAGAGCAACUUUCAAGAGAAGGGUUAGGUUUUCUGCAAGGCCAGAGUCCAGGUAGAGAAGAUGAUCUGAGAAAACAGGAAAUGAUAUCCAUGCAGCAUAUCUACAAGAAGGACACAUCUGUAAUCAGUGCAAUGAUGAUUCACACUAGAGAGAAACCAAAUGAAUGUCAUUUAUGUGGGAAAGCCUUCACUCAUUGUUCUGACCUUAGAAAACAUGAGAGAACUCACUUUGGAGAGAAACCAUAUGGAUGCCAUCUAUGUGGGAAGACAUUCAGUAAAACUUCUUACCUUAGACAACAUGAGAGAACUCACAAUGGAGAGAAACCAUAUGAAUGUCAUCUAUGUGGGAAGGCCUUCACUCAUUGUUCUCACCUUAGAAAACAUGAGAGAACUCACACUGGAGAGAAACCAUAUGAAUGUCACCUAUGUGGAAAAGCCUUUACUGAGUCUUCCGUCCUUAGACGACAUGAGAGAACUCACACUGGAGAGAAACCAUAUGAAUGUCAUCUGUGUUGGAAAGCCUUCACUGAUUCCUCUGUCCUUAAGCGACAUGAGAGAACUCACACUGGAGAAAAACCAUAUGAAUGUCACCUAUGUGGGAAAGCCUUCAAUCACUCUUCUGUUCUUAGACGACAUGAAAGAACUCACACUGGUGAGAAACCAUAUGAAUGCAAUAUAUGUGGUAAAGCCUUCAAUAGAAGUUAUAACUUUAGAUUGCAUAAGAGAAUUCAUACUGGAGAGAAACCGCAUAAAUGUUAUCUAUGUGGGAAAGCCUUCAGUAAAUAUUUUAACCUUAGACAACACGAGAGAACUCAUGCUGUAAAGGAAAGCGUUUCCUUCUCCGAUGACUCGCCAGAGCGCGCCGCCAACUUCCGGACGACAUGGGACCGCGUCGCCCUGAGAAGAACGCUACCUGUCCAUGCCAAGGGCUAA